GGGAAGAUUUCGGGAGAAUUAAGCGCUCCUGCUCUCUCACCCUCCUCCCUCCCUCCCUCCCUGCACCUCCACCAAACUCUGUGGCACAGCCGGGAGACACUUUCUUCAGCUGUUAGUUUGAGUCCAGAUUCUCGCUUUUUCUUUUUUCCUCCCCCUUUCAUACACUCGACAGUUGCUGAUAUAAAUGAUGAAGUUUAAGCCCAACCAGACCAGGACGUACGACGGGGAAGGGUUCAAGAGGAGAGCGGCGUGUUUGUGCUUCAAAAACGAAACCGAGGAGGAGGUGCUGCUGGUGAGCAGCAGUCGACAUCCAGACCAAUGGAUCGUGCCAGGAGGAGGAAUGGAGCCUGAGGAGGAACCCUGUGGAGCCGCAGUCAGGGAGGUGUAUGAAGAGGCUGGUGUGAAGGGAAAGCUUGGCAGACUACUAGGUAUUUUUGAGCACAAUCAAGACAGAAAGCACCGGACGUACGUCUAUACCCUCAUAGUGACGGAGACACUGGAAGACUGGGAGGACUCUGUCAACAUUGGGAGGAAGAGGAUGUGGUUCAAAGUUGACGAAGCCAUCAGGGUCCUGCAGAGCCACAAGCCUGUCCACGCAGAGUACCUACGCAGACUCUCAAACACCUGUAACCCCACCUGCGGUCCUGUGUGCAGCCCGACUAAUAACGGCAACACCCCGAGCUCCCAAGUGACGGACAACAACACACCUCCCUAUGUUGUUUACGCCACAGAGGGCUCAGAUCUUGUCAACAGAUAGGACCGCCAACCCCCGCAGCAAGCAGUUCUUCUCAGUGGACACCAGGACGGACAUAUCAUGUACAAAAGGACUUCUGCAUCGAUUUGCAUUACUAACUUAAUAUGUACAGUAUGGGAUUUGAAACCGAUUUCGAGUGGGCUUGAAGGGUUGCCAGAAUGUUUUCCACGUAUAUAUUUAAGAUUUUUUUUUUUUUUUUUAAGGAAAUAUUUUUAAUAACCAUCACCAGCUAAUAAAGCAAAUGUGUUCCUGUAAAGUCUUCAGCUUUAGGUGGGUUUUUGUCAAUGUGCUACUUAUGCAAUGUAAAGGUCCGUUUUAGCCCUACGUGCCGAAUAUUUGCCUUGCAGUGCACCAAGUGUCUGGGUGGUUUCCUGGAGGCCAGUACUGGGAAGUGUUCGCUCUUAGAGGAAGUCAUACCCCCACAGUGACUCAGUGCCAAAUAAUGCCCUUCUGCAAGGCGUUUUUGAAGAGGAGUAGCCACAUGUGUGUGUGUGUAUAUUCUAAUACAAUUCAGUUUUUUGUGAAUUGUUAGGGCACUUUUUGGGAGUAAAGCUACUGUCGCUUCACUACAGCUCAGAUUCGGUGAGGUAUUUUAUCUAAAGAGAGCUGAGGGCAAAGUCUGCUUUGAUGCAACAAGUGCGAACAACAUUGCUCCUCCUGUAAUUACGACCUUAAAGGUACAUACAGUAUCAUCUCUAAUCACUAGUAACAGUGUAACACUGUAAUAAAGCUUAGGUGACACUGAAAUGGAGACUUAAUUACUCCUUCCUCAAACAUUGUUUUAUUUGUACAUAUAUUUAAUGUUGUCCGGCUGAGUAAAUUCCAGUAUAUUGGCACAGUUAGAUAAAUAUCAGCGUCCUUAUAGUCAAACAGAACUGCAUAAUAAAGACUUGCGAUAGUGCCAAAGAAAGACAGUAUUCAACACUACAAGAAGAACCAUAUUAAGUGCAUUUGACAAAGUCCUUUUUUAAUGUCCAAGGCUACAAUAAGGAGAUUUUAGAUCACAGUGUGUUUUAUUCAGAGACGUCAAAGUGCCUUCACAAACACAAUAGUAAAUCGUGUUUAUCUUCCGGACACUGCACCUGCAUUACAAUCUGCCUUAAACACACAAAACCAGCCCCUUAUUUUACUCAGCUGUGGUUAGAUAAGAACAAUAGGAUGUUGAAGGAAACUGGGAAUUGUUGUUACAGUUAAAUGUACAUUAUUUAGUAUUGAUUGAAUUUAUUUAUUUAUGUUUCUCCUCCCUCCUCCUCCCAUCAUGAACAGGAAACUGACAGGAAGUCAAGGUCAGUGUGCAGGCCUGACUUUUUUUUUUUUUUUAGAAAGCAGAGAGUGCAAAUGAUGUGAUAAAUUCAGUUUAUUGAUCAUACGUUCUUGGCAAAAAAAAUAACGUAUUAACCCCUAUUUUUUCUUUCUUUUCUUCUAUUUCUGCAUGUGUGACUGUAAUAGUCUGCUGUGCACCAUCAUGUUUGUACAUAAAAGCGCAAAAUAAAAACAACAGUUUAUGGAUCA